AUGUCCGCUUCGAUUCCGACCCCGAUCCCCCCGCCCGAUGUCAAGGACCGCCUCAAAGAGUCCUACAACGCCAUCGCGGAAGCGUACAUGAACUGGUCUGCAGGCCGUCAUAACCAUCUCCGCUUUAACUACACGGCGGAACUGCUCAAGCUCCUCCGCAGAGACCGCUUACACCCCACCACCGCCGGCGGCGACUCCUCGCCCCCUCAAGACGGGGGAGACGUCAGCCUGGGCGGCCUGCGCGCGCUCGAGCUGGGUUGCGGCUGCGGCGUUCCCGUCAUCGGAACCCUCCUUGCUCGGGGAUUUGAGGUGCUCGGUGUGGAUCUCUCGUCGACUCAGGUGCAGAUGGCCACGCGCAAGUACUUCCCCGACGAAGUACAGAACGGCCAGCUGGUGGUGGUCGAGAAGGACAUGAUGGAGCUGACUUACCCACCGGGCGAGUUCGACGUGGUCGUGGCGCUGUACAGUCUGAUCCACCUGCCGCGGAACGAGCAGAGGGUCAUGAUGGAGAGGGUGCAUCGGUGGUUGAAGCCCGGCGGCAUGAUCCUGAUGAACUACUCGGUGGAAGAACUGGAAGGGGAGGUGAUUGAGAAGUGGCUGGGGCAGGAGAAGGGGUGGGUUUACUGGAGCGCAUGGGGCAAAGACAAGAUGCUGGACAUGCUUGAUGAGUUGGAGUUCAAGGUAUUGCUUCAGGAGGUCAAGGGGGAUGAGGGGACGGAUGCGAGCUUUCUGUGGGUUAUUGCACAGAAAGAAAAUGGCAACUGCUAG